AUGAAAGAGCUGUGGAUGAGUGCUUUGAGGGCGCUGCGAGGGUCCGCUCCUGAGAUUGAAGGUAUGGAGCCGAAAGUAUUUCUAUCUCUAAAACUUAGUUAUGAUCAUUUGGAGGGCAAAAAUAUCAAGCACUGUUUCUUGUAUUGCUCGCUCUAUCCGGAAGACCAUGAUAUUCCAGUAGAUAAGCUUGUAAUGUAUUGGGUAAUGGAAGGAUUUAUAGAUAAUGUGGAUUACUUAUCAGAUGCAUCGAUUAAGGGACAUCACAUCAUUGAAAGAAUUAUGGAUGCAAGCCUUUUAGAGAGAAAAUGUAAUCAGCGUUACCAAAUUCACAGCAUCAAGAUGCACGAUUUGAUUCGGGAUAUGGCGAUAUGGAUCACAUCAGCAAAAUCAAAUGAAGGGCCAAGAUUUCUCGUGAGAGCCGGUGUAGGAUUGAAGGAGCCACCCACUGAGAACAUGUGGAAAGAUAAAGAGAGGAUUUCACUGAUGAACAACGACAUAGAGGAGCUUCCCGUCAGGCCUGAUUGCCCAAAGCUGGUGACCUUAUUGCUCCAGAAUAAUUACAGCUUAACAAUCUUUCCUAAUAGCUUCUUUGAACUCAUGGCAAAACUAGCAGUUCUUGAUCUAAGCCACACUUCCAUUAAAUCACUUCCAGUGUCCUUAUCUUCAUUGGUUAAUCUGCAAUCUCUCCUUUUAUGUUAUUGUCUAAGAUUAGAAGAGCUAGAGCCAAUUGGAGGGCUGAAAGAACUUCAAUUUCUAAAUCUCUCAUGGUCUGGCAUUAAGAAGCUCCCUGAAGACCUUGGAAAAUUAGUUAAACUUAAUCUAUUGGAUCUUUCACAUUUACAUCAGCUCAAGACAAUUCCACAAAAUACAAUAUGUAGGCUAUCUGCUCUUGAGGAGUUGCAUUUGUUUAGUACGUGUGGAAAUUUGGCAAAGAAAGAGGUGCCAGAAGAAGAAGAUGCCUGCGAAGCUAUACUGGGGGAGGUGGCCACCUUGAGGCACUUGACUACCCUUGUGAUCACCUUACAAUCCAUCGAUUGCCUCGCCUAUGAUGUGUUCCAUUGCCGAUGGGCGAGCUUGAGAAAAUUCCAUUUUCACAUUGGUACGUCUUAUAUGGAGACCUUAGUCUUUCCGAGCAGCGAUAAGGAGGUGACAAUUAAUGGUUGUGACCAUUUCCCUCAUGGUAUUAAGGCAAUGCUAAAACAUGUAAAACACCUGCAUCUUUGGCAUUGCAAAGGUCUAAAAUGCAUUUCUCAAUUAGUGGAAGACUCGAAUAGUUUAGUGGAGCUUGACAUCCAUGAUUGCUCAGAAAUGGAUUUGGUUAUAGGCCGGAGAGAGGUGCAAGAUGUCGGUGCAUUACAGAGCUUGGGAUCGUUGGUUCUACGUGAUUUGCCAAAUCUGAAGAAGGUAUUUGAAGGACAAGCACCUCGUGGAAGCUUUCAAAAACUGAGAUUAAUACAUGUGGAAUCUUGUCACAAGUUAGGAAUCUCUUCUCGUCUGAUAUGGUUGAACAUCGGCAUCAAUUAG